UGGGUUUUAGUGACAACCUGUAUACAGCUGUACUCCAUCUAACCCCACCCCCUUCCCUCUGCAACUAAAUGCGCCCCUCUUCUUCUUCCUCUUCUCUUUUCCCCUUUUUCCACAAAAAAAGAUUAACUACUCUGUAAACCUCUUCAACCCACAGAUUUUCAUGCUUUAUUGUUAAAAAGAUUUAAGGGUUUAAGAAUUCAUGAAGAAAUUCUGGCAUUGUUUUAGUAGUUCAUCUCUUAACAGUAUUCGCAAUGCGCAUCCCUAAAACCUCACCUAUUCCUAGGCCAAUUUCCUAACCUCCGCUUCUUCCUCAUUAUAUACCAUUUUUUUUUUUGUUUUUCUGGUUGUAGUGAAGUAUUACUACUGCUAGUGCUCUGUAAAACGGGGUCGUUUUGAGGAGAGAGAAAGUGAGUAUGGAUCCUUGUCCAUUUGUUCGUCUAACCGUCGGUAACCUCGCGCUGAAAGUUCCUGUACCAGCAAAACCAGCGCGCACUGUAAUCCACCCAACAUCCUCCCCCUGUUUUUGUAAAAUCAAACUCAAAGGCUUUCCCGUCCAAACCGCUGUUAUCCCCUACAAUCCGUCGGAAACGCUCGUUUCUGACGGAAACCACCAUCCCCAAACCGGUUUCAUCGCCGCCGCAACUUUCCAUUUAAGCAAGGAUGAUCUGAAUAAAAUCGCCGGAAAAUCGAUCUUCGUCGGAAAACUGUUUCUGAAGAUUUCAAUCUUUACUGGAAGAACAGGGGCAACUUGUGGGGUGAAAAACUCUGGAAGAUUGUUGGGGAAAGUAUCUGUACCGUUGGAUCUUAAAGGGGCGGAAUCAAGGGCAGUGGUUUUUCACAACGGGUGGACUUCUGUUGGGAAAGAAUCUGGUGUUUCGCAGUUUCAUGUAAAUGUUCGAGCUGAUCCUGAUCCUAGGUUCGUUUUUCAGUUUGAUGGUGAACCUGAGUGUAGUCCUCAAGUUUUUCAGAUUAAAGGGAAUAUUCGUCAGCCUGUUUUUACUUGCAAUUUUAGCUUCCGCUCCACCAACUCUGACCGUCAUCAACGUUCCAGAUCAUCGGAGCAAGGAAGUGGAAGAGGAUGGUUGAGUUCGUUUGGAAGUGAGAGAGAAAGGCCAGGGAAAGAGAGAAAAGGUUGGUCAAUUACGGUCCAUGAUUUAUCAGGUUCACCGGUUGCGGCUGCGUCAAUGGUGACACCAUUUGUGGCAUCCCCUGGUUCGGACCGAGUUAGUCGGUCUAACCCGGGUUCGUGGCUUAUUCUUAGGCCAGGUGAAGGUACUUGGAAGCCGUGGGGCCGUCUCGAGGCGUGGAGAGAGCGAGGGGCUCAUGAUGGGCUUGGGUAUCGGUUUGAGUUGAUUCCUGAUAUGAGCGCCAACUCUGGGGUGGUGUUAGCUGAGUCAACUCUUAAUACGGCGAAAGGCGGGACGUUUACGAUUGACUUGGGUGGGUGUAGUCAGGUCAAUGCUGGUAGUAAUGGGAAUGGUUCGAAUCGGGGUAAUCAACGGUCGAGCUCGCCCGGGUGUAGCCCAAGGAGAGGGAGUGGGGAUUUCGGAAUGGGGUUGUGGCCGUAUAGCGCGUAUAGAGGGUUUGUGAUGGCGGCGAGGGUGGAAGGGGAAGGGAAAUGUAGUAAGCCGACCGUGGAGGUGAGCGUGCAGCAUGUCACCUGCGCGGAGGAUGCCGCUGCCUACGUCGCGCUCGCGGCAGCGGUUGAUCUUAGUAUCGACGCUUGUAGGCUUUUCUCCCAAAAGCUUAGGAAGGAGCUUUGCCACACUAAUGAUCUGGGUAGCUGACACUCUUGGCUUUUGGGUGUUUAUCAAUUUACUAUUUUUAAAGUUUUGAGUAAUUUUUACUAAGUGAUGGAAUUUGUACUCCAUCGACUUUUUAGAUGGUUAAGUACGUAAUUAAUUACUGCCUGAUUAUUAUUAGUAACUACUGACUGGUUGUGGGAGGAGGGAGAAAUGUGUAUAGUAGGGAGUAGAUUUUAGGAGAUAAAACAAGAAGGUAAAAAAAAAAUAUUUUCCUUCUUUGAUUUGUGUGUGGCUUGAUUAAGAUCUUUAUGUUUUUUUGGAAAGUACUAUCGGUUUUAAUUUACUUUAGUAUUUUCUCUCUUUUGAUUGCAAUGUUUGAACUUA